GGCUGUAGUAGAAGUCGAUCAUUCAGUGCGUCAAUGUAGAAAAAAUAAGAUUGGUUUCACAUGCAAACUGUCAAAGAGUGAAGGAAGCGAGCUGAUGGCAGCGAUGCAAACCGUCCACCCAAACUGACUGUCAGUCUUGAGCACAAAUGGAGGAAAGAACUGUCAUCAGAUAACUGGAUCUUCAACUUGUUGCUGAAGACUCCUGAGAAACCCAAGCCAGUCAUUUAAGAUGUGAAGUCGCUGAAUGAAAAAAUGAGAAACUUGAGUAACAACGUCAUCGCAGAGCACUGGGCAGCACCAUAAUUUCUCACAUAACUGUUUAUGUUUGAGCGCUCCUUGUUCAGCCUCAUCUUGUUGUUCUGCGUCACACGCCUCCCUCUACCUGCUCUGCUGCGUAACCCAGGCAGAGUGGACUCGUCCCUCUCCCCUGGCCUCGUGCCCUCCCAUCGGCGGCCCGCUCCGGCGGUGUGUUGGUGUACGAUGGCGCGGUGGGACGCUGAGGGCUGCCGUGGGGGACUGUGAUGUCAGAGCCCAACAGCCCGGGCGAGAGCCGGCGUGGCGCUCCCAGAUUCUUCGUGGGCUGCGAGGACGAUGAGAGCGAGGUCCUGGAAGACAGCAUAAGGACAGACAUGGAGCUGUAUGAGGACGACGAAGACACAGACUCGCCCCCGGAGCGACAGAUUGUGGUGGGAAUCUGUUGCAUGAUGAAGAAGUCCAAGUCCAAGCCAAUGACCCAGAUCCUGGAGAGGCUGUGCAGGUUCGAGUACAUCACCGUGGUCAUCUUCCCAGAGGACGUCAUCCUCAACGAGCCCGUGGACAAAUGGCCUCUGUGCGACUGCCUCAUCUCCUUCCACUCCAAGGGAUUCCCACUGGAUAAGGCAGUGAGCUACGCCAAACUGAGAAACCCUCUGCACAUCAACGACCUGAACAUGCAGUACUACAUACAGGACAGGAGGGAAGUGUAUCGCAUCCUGCAGGAGGAAGGGAUUGAUCUACCACGCUAUGCUGUGCUCAACCGUGACCCAGAUAAACCUGAAGAGUGUAACCUGGUAGAAGGAGAGGACCACGUGGAAGUGAACGGAGAGAUAUUCCAGAAGCCUUUUGUCGAGAAGCCUGUCUGUGCCGAGGACCACAACGUCUACAUCUACUACCCCACCUCUGCUGGCGGUGGCAGCCAGCGACUCUUCAGAAAGAUUGGGAGCCGAAGCAGUGUCUACUCCCCAGAGAGCAGCGUGAGGAAGACGGGCUCGUACAUCUAUGAAGAGUUCAUGCCAACAGAUGGCACUGAUGUUAAGGUCUACACUGUGGGACCGGACUAUGCUCAUGCAGAAGCCCGAAAGUCUCCAGCUUUGGACGGGAAGGUGGAGAGAGACAGCGAGGGCAAAGAGGUCCGCUAUCCUGUCAUGCUCUCAGCUAUGGAGAAACUUGUGGCCCGUAAGGUGUGCCUGGCAUUCAAGCAAACUGUGUGUGGCUUUGACCUUCUGAGAGCCAACGGACACUCUUACGUGUGUGACGUCAACGGUUUCAGUUUUGUGAAGAACUCAAUGAAGUACUAUGACGACUGUGCCAAGAUCCUCGGGAAUAUUGUCAUGCGUGAGCUGGCUCCUCAGUUUCAGAUUCCUUGGUCCAUCCCUACAGAAGCAGAAGACAUCCCCAUUGUUCCCACCACUUCAGGGACCAUGAUGGAGCUACGCUGUGUCAUCGCUGUCAUCCGACAUGGAGACAGAACGCCCAAACAGAAAAUGAAGAUGGAAGUUCGCAACCCGAUGUUCUUUGAUCUAUUUGAGAAAUAUGGAGGAUACAAAACUGGGAAACUAAAGCUCAAGAAGCCAAAACAGCUGCAGGAGGUGCUGGACAUCACACGGCAGUUGUUAGCAGAUCUGGGACAACACAAUGAUUGUGAGAUAGAAGAGAAGAAGUCCAAACUGGAGCAGCUGAAGACUGUUCUGGAAAUGUAUGGCCACUUCUCGGGGAUCAACAGAAAAGUGCAACUAACUUACUUGCCCCAUGGGCAGCCCAAAACCUCGAGUGAGGAAGAAGAUACGCGUAAAGAAGGUCCGUCUCUGCUGCUGGUGCUGAAGUGGGGAGGAGAGCUGACUCCUGCUGGCAGAGUUCAGGCUGAGGAGCUGGGACGGGCUUUUCGCUGUAUGUACCCUGGAGGACAAGGAGACUAUGCUGGUUUUCCAGGCUGUGGGUUAUUGCGGUUACACAGCACCUACAGACACGACCUGAAGAUAUAUGCGUCUGAUGAAGGCAGGGUGCAGAUGACGGCUGCAGCUUUUGCAAAGGGGCUGCUGGCUCUGGAAGGCGAGCUGACACCCAUCCUGGUGCAGAUGGUGAAGAGCGCCAACAUGAACGGGCUGCUGGACAACGACAGCGACUCGCUGAGCAGCUGCCAGCACCGCGUCAAAGCACGACUCCAUGAAAUCCUGCAGAAGGACAGAGAGUUCACCGACGAGGACUAUGAUAGGCUGGCCCCAACCUGUAGUGCCUCUCUGGUGAAUUCAAUGAAGAUAGUCGAGAACCCAGUGGCCACAUGUGACCAGGUCUACGCCCUCAUUCAGAGCCUCACCUCCCAGAUACGCAAAAGGAUGGAAGACCCCAAGUCUGCUGACCUGCAGCUGUACCACAGUGAGACUCUGGAGCUGAUGCUGCAGCGUUGGUCCAAACUAGAGAGAGACUUCCGCAUGAAGAACGGCCGCUACGACAUCAGUAAAAUACCUGAUAUUUACGACUGUGUCAAGUACGAUGUCAUCCACAACGCUACACUCGGCCUGGAGGACACGCUGGAGCUAUUCAGACUCUCUCGAGCUUUGGCCGACAUCGUCAUCCCACAGGAAUAUGGCAUAAAUAAAGUGGAGAAAUUGGACAUAGCGUAUGCCUACUGCCUCCCACUGGUCAGAAAAAUACAGCUUGACCUGCAGAGGACCCACGAGGACGAGUCUGUCAACAAGCUACACCCUCUGUACUCUCGAGGAGUGAUGUCUCCUGGGCGGCAUGUCAGGACACGUUUGUAUUUCACCAGUGAGAGUCACGUCCACUCUCUGCUCAGCAUUUUCCGCUACGGGGGCUUGCUCGAUGAGGAGAAGGACCAGCAGUGGAAACGUGCCAUGGAUUACCUCAGCGCCGUCUCUGAACUCAACUACAUGACUCAGAUUGUCAUCAUGCUUUAUGAGGACAACAAUAAGGAUCUCACCUCUGAGGAACGCUUCCACGUAGAGCUUCACUUCAGCCCUGGUGUCAAAGGAGUCGAGGAGGAAGAGAACGCACCGACUGGCUUUGGCUUCAGGCCUGCUUCUGCAGAGGUUGCACGGCAGAACGGGCAAAAGCAGCCAGACCCUGGCAGCCUGGAGGACCUGUCACGAGAUGAAACUGACCGCGCUGUGCCGCUGUCUGAGCCAAUCACAAUUCAGAGGAGGUCCCCACUCAUCCGCAAUCAUAAGACUGGAUCCAUGGAGGUUCUGUCGGAAACAUCAUCCUCCAAAGUCGGCAGUUACCGCCUCUUCUCGUUCUGCUCGCGUCAAUCCCCUGAGAUGAAACAAAGUGGAUUAGGCUCUCAGUGCGCCGGCCUCUUCAGCACCACUGUCCUAGGUGGGUCCUCUAGCGCCCCUAAUCUGCAGGACUACGCACGCGCACACCGCAAAAAAUUCUCCACCGGCAGUCUGUCCUACAAAGACGAGUUGUUGUCUAUGCCGGCAGUAAAACGAUUUUCUGUGUCGUUUGCAAAGCAUCCGACUAAUGGAACACAAGAUGACACCUCGGCUGUAGCAGUGACUCCAUCUCACUGGUGCACUGCGACAGAGCCCUUGGAGGAGCACCAUGUGGCCCAGUUGUUGAGGUGUUUCUCCACCGACCUCAGUCUGGGCCGCCACCUGUCUCUGGACCGGGCGCUGGCCCAUCACCUCCACCAGUGCUCCUACCACCUCCGCCUCUUCCGAAACUGGCUCAUCUCCGGCCAGGACCCCCUAGAGUACCUCCACGGCUUCGAAGGCUGCUCCAUGGUGCCGUCCAUCUAUCCUCUGGAGACGCUGCACAACUCGCUGUCCCUGAAACAGGUCAACGAGUUCCUCACCGGCGUGUGCCAGAGCGCCGUGGAUCCUCACACCAGGACCACCAGAGCUCUGUCAGCCAUGUUCGACACGCACAACCAGCCGUCUGUAGACUCGUACAUCCCACAGAGAGUCCUCUCUUCCUCCAUCUCCCUCAGAUCUCGUUCUGACAGACCUCCUUGGUACAGCAGCGGUCCAUCCAGUACAGUCUCCAGCGCUGGACCGUCCUCUCCCACCACAGCCGAUACGUCCCCACGGUUCAGCUUCAGCGACAAGAUCUCUCUGACCCCUCAGAGCAGCGAGGAAGCCCACUCCUCUCAGAACAUUGCAGCUCAGGCGGCGCCUCCUGCUGGGUCACAAGGCCUCGACCCGACCUGCUCUGCUGGUUCAAACCCCACCGAAGUCCCUCUGACUCCAAAGAACUCACCAGAGGACGAUCCUGAGCUCUACACUGCUGCCGAUCAACAGUCUGACAAUCCCGAGGCCACGCUGGAAGGGGAGGACGUGAAUUCUGCAGCUGUGGAUCCUUCCAGCGGUGCAGUUUCAGACAUGAGGCCGCCCUGCUCUGCCUUAGCCGAACUCGCUCUGAGUCGGAUGGAGGGCUACUGCCUCCCCGGCUCUCUGCCGGUGCUGCUGGAGCUCAGAGAGAGCAGCAGCGAGGCAGGAUCCAGCUCCCAGACGCCCCAGUCUCCUGAGGGGCCCGACGAGUUCUUCGACACCCAGGAGUCCAUGGAGCUGUGGAUGGACAGUCCGGAAAGCCUCCCCCUUCCUGAGAGCCCUUUGGAGGUCGGAGCUUCUCACACAGCAGAGCAGUAAAGAGAGGAGCGCUUCAGAACAUCACAAACUGCUGCAAACAUCCUGAUUCAAUACUGUACAGAGCUACAUACAGCCAACCAGGCAUCUUAUCCUCCUCCUCCUCCUUCUCAUCUUCCUCCUCCUCCUCUUCUUCCUCUUCCUCCUCCUCUUCUUCCUCCUCUUCCUCUUCUUCCUCUUCCUCCUCUUCUUUCUCUUCCUCCUCCUCCUCUUCUUCCUCCUCUUCCUCUGGGCAGCUGAUCCUCACACUUGGCUCUGUGUUGGACAAUCAUGGGACAGUAUAUUUGUGCUGUUCAUUGCCUUUGAAAAUCUCACCAGUGACACCACUGAGCCUCCUGACAGUCCACUGGUUCAGCCCAUCUCUCUGUAAAACUGUACCGACAAACCGCAGAUUGUAAAGUGAAGCUUUAUGGUCGAGUUUAUUUAGUGAGUUACUGACAUUUAUAAAGACAUUUCCCUAAAGCUGCAUUAACUGAUGCUGGCCACUAGGGAGCAGAAAACUCCAAAACAAAUGCUGGUUAGAGCACAACUAUACAGUCAGUAAGCUAAAACAAUGAGCUAAAUGAGGCUGAAAAGCUGUGUAGACUUGUGCGUUUUCAGAUUUCAUGUAUUUAGCAGAUUUAUUGUGGCCAUAAAGAUAUCGAUUAAUGGAGCUUUAAAGGCUGUUGUGUUUCAUCGUCUCCUCUUGGACAGCGGCAGUAGUGAAGUUUUAGUCUGUAGUACCUUCUGUCAUAUCGUCUGUCACGGUCAGGUGACAGGUUUGGUUGCAUCGUUGCAGCUGUGCUUCAUCACUGCGACAUGAGCACAAGCUUUCCUGUUUUCUUUGUUACAGAAACUUGUAGACUCACUGCUUUUAUGAGAAACAGGACAGGACCGGCAGUCAGAGAACACAGUCAGCUGAUCUCAUGCUCGUCCGCUGCUGCAUGCUUAGAUCCUGCAUUUAAAAAGGUAAAGGACAGCAGCUGACUCUUCAUUUCUGCCAGUUAAAUGUAAAUGUUGGAUCUGCAGGUCAAACCGUGUGUGCACUGCUUACUGCCAAAGUCCUUAAGCCUCAUCGAAGAUUUAAUAUAAUCAGUAGGAAACUAUAGACAAAGUAAUAUUUAUUUUGAAACCACAUUUAAAAAAAAGUCUGUAUUUUUACUACCCACACGUCAGAUAUUUAAUUGUACCAUAGCUGUUGUGUAUAUUUUUUUGUAAAAUCAACGUCAAGAUGUGGGGGGAAAAAAAAUCUAAAAGCUAAUCUCUUGUUUUAUCUCUGAACAAACCGGAGGGGCAUUUUACAGUCAAUUUGCUUUCAUUGUGGCAGCGGUUAUGUAGCAGGAGUGUGUAUGUGGAGGAGGGAGGUGCACACACGCUCCAGAAGCUAUUCAGGUUGAUGCUGAUGUGCAAUUCUGUGUUAAGUCAGCGAGGUUUCAUGUUACACUGCGAUGUACUGUAGAGGUGAAAUACACAACUGACCUGUCUGUGUGUGUACAGAUAAAGAAAUGACACCAGUAUGA